GCCACAGCAGCGGGAGCGGGCGCUGCCGCCACCGAGCCGGAGGGUGGGAUAGUAACAUCUUUUGGGGGAACGAGAAUUGGCUUCCUUUCGUAAGAGUGGUGGACGUGCAGCAGACAGCUACAUGGCAGGAACAAUAAUCAGAUGGCUACCUUCUGCAUUUUGUAUUAGGAAACAAAAUCAAUUAUAAGAGUACAUGUUGAUCUUGGAAGUAGAAGGAUUCAAAAAAAAAUAAGUUACCACAAAGAACAAGAACUUUACCAUCUCCUUUUUGAUCUGAAGACUGGGGACAAUGGAUAUCAUAGAGACAGCAAAACUUGAAGAACACUUGGAAAAUCAAUCCAAUGAUCCUGCAAACACCUACACAAGACCUGCUGAGCCCAUCGAGGAAGAAAACAAAAAUGGCAAUGGUAAAGCUAAGAGUUUAUCCAAUGGGCUGCGAAAGGGCACCAAAAAGUACCCGGACUAUAUCCAAAUUGCUAUGCCCACUGAGUCGAGGAACAAGUUUCCCCUAGAGUGGUGGAAAACGGGCAUUGCCUUUGUGUAUGCACUCUUCAACCUCGUCUUGACAACAGUCAUGAUCACAGUUGUGCACGAGAGGGUCCCUCCCAAGGAGCUCAGCCCUCCCCUCCCAGACAAGUUUUUUGAUUACAUUGAUCGGGUGAAAUGGGCAUUUUCUGUAUCAGAAAUCAAUGGGAUUAUAUUAGUUGGAUUAUGGAUCACCCAGUGGCUCUUUCUGAGAUACAAGUCAAUAGUGGGGCGCAGAUUCUUUUUUAUCAUUGGAACUUUAUACCUAUAUCGCUGUAUUACAAUGUACGUUACUACUCUCCCUGUGCCUGGAAUGCAUUUCCAGUGUGCUCCAAAGCUCAAUGGAGACUCUCAGGCAAAAAUACAGCGGAUUCUCCGGUUGAUUUCUGGUGGUGGAUUGUCCAUAACUGGGUCGCACAUCUUGUGUGGAGACUUCCUCUUCAGUGGUCACACAGUUGUGCUGACACUUACAUAUUUGUUCAUCAAAGAAUAUUCGCCUCGUCACUUCUGGUGGUAUCAUUUAAUCUGCUGGCUCCUGAGUGCCGCCGGGAUCAUCUGCAUUCUUGUAGCGCAUGAACACUACACUGUUGAUGUGAUCAUUGCUUAUUAUAUUACAACACGGCUCUUUUGGUGGUACCAUUCAAUGGCCAAUGAAAAGAACUUGAAAGUCUCUUCACAGACUAAUUUCUUAUCUCGAGCGUGGUGGUUCCCCAUCUUUUAUUUUUUUGAAAAAAAUGUACAAGGCUCAAUUCCUUGCUGCUUCUCCUGGCCACUGUCUUGGCCUCCUGGCUGCUUCAAGUCAUCAUGCAAAAAGUAUUCACGGGUCCAAAAGAUUGGUGAGGAUAACGAGAAGUCUACCUGAGGAUCCAGAGGCACCAGCUCUUACACCAAAAGAGUUUUCAUGCUGCAACCAAAGGUAUAGCUUUGUUUUUAUUUUAGGAAAACAGACUGGUAAAUGAAGACGUGGACCAAAUUUUGUGUAAAUGAUUGGAAAGAUGAACAAAGUAUUACUUUUUGACUGUUUUCUUUUUUAAUUUAGCCUGAGAAAGAUAUAUUUUCCUGCAGCUCUUCAUUCAUUGGAGACAAGCCCCCAUCCUGGGAUUUUACUAGUGAGCUUGUUAAAGAGGUGCCAAAGAACAUAUUACCCAUUUUCUUAUUCUUUCGCCACUAAAAUCUUCUACUUCAGCAUUCUUUCAGGAUAUUUUUUUCCUCCCAGGGUCAGAAGAAUUUGUUAAUGUUUUGAAUAAAAUGUUUGGAUGUAUACA